AUGAUGAAAUUAUUCGAAUUAAUACGUUCAUUAUAUCAAAUACAUCAAAGUUUAUUAAAUUCAUCUGAAAAUGAUCAUUUUGAACGAUUACUUUCAACAACUUUAUUUUCUGUAAAAUCAGUAGUAAGUCUUAUUUCUACACAAGAUUUAUUAAAAAAUUUGGAAGAAACACUUAAUUAUUUUAAAUCAACGUUCAAUCUACAAAAGAGUUUUUAUUGGACUAAAAAAUGA